CCGGACGGGCAGCCCCGGAGCCACCCGCCCUGGGACUCCUGCUCCAGAGCAAAGGUCGCGGCGGCAGCUGGCUCCUCGGGCUCCCCGCCCUCCUCGGGCUGCCCGGUGCCAGGAAGUCCGCCCGCCACCGCCGUCGCCGUCGAGCCAGGACGGUCCGCGCAGGAUGCCGGCGCGCUCGGUCCUGCUGGCUGCGGCUUCGGUCCUGUCCGCCUGUCAACAAAGUUAUUUUGCUUUACACGUAGGAAAGGCAAGAUUAAAAUACAAAGUUACGCCCCCGGCCGUUUCUGGGUCACCAGAGUUUGAGAGGAUGUUCCGUGCACAACAAAACUGUGUGGAGUUUUACCCCAUAUUUCUGGUUGCAUUGUGGAUGGCUGGAUGGUAUUUCAAUCAAGUUUUUGCUACUUGUCUCGGUCUGGUGUACAUAUACGCUCGUCACCAGUAUUUCUGGGGAUAUUCAGAAGCAGCUAAGAAAAGGAUCACCGGUUUCCGGCUGAGUCUGGGGUGUCUGGCCUUGCUGACAGUCCUGGGAGCCCUGGGGAUUGCAAACAGCUUUCUGGAUGAAUACCUGGACCUCAAUGUCGUCAAGAAACUGAGACACUUCUAAUGUUCCCCCUCCCUUUGCCCAAAGGCUUGCAGAAGCUAUUUCCACUCUGAAGGUUAUAUGGGGUCACUUGAUAAAUUUUUAAAAAGAAAAGUCUUUACUUUGUUUUUCUUGAAAUGGCUUUGUAGGAACAUACCCUGUAGAGAAGACAUUUCUUGCUUAAGAAUUAAAGUCGGCUAUGAGGGGAUGGAGCCGUACCCUCAGUGGAAGUGCACAGAGCCCUGGAUUUGAAGUGCAUGCUGAAGUCAUGAUUGCUUAGGUGGGGAAUAAGUGAGCUGGGCUUCCUGUGGGACCACCAUGGUCACCCGCCCCUAAGACCACUUCUCCCCUGACGGAUGCUAAUAAGGAGCCAAGCUCACUUUAUUGGUGGUAGGAAAGCAACAGAUGGCUGCGUGUGGGGGAAGUCAGGCAGAUGUGUGGAGUAGCCAGAGAAGAGCCAUCGACUAAUAGCACAAAACGAAUCUGGAAUAGCACAAAACGAAUCUGGUUGCGGAAUGUUCUUGAUAAAGAAAAAAGGAAAAGCAAAAAAAAAAAAAGCCUAUCAUUUUUUUCUUUUUCUUUUUUUAAGGCCUAUCAUUUUUAAGGAACCAUCCAGAAACUAUGUGUAGUGAAUGUCCUCGCCCCUGGCCAGGGGAAGGCAGGUCAUGGUCCCAGCUGGAGCGAGGAUGCUGGCCAUCCAGUGUCACAUGGGACUUGGGGCCCGCAGCUGUUGUGACACAGAGAUGCAGUCACUGUGUGGCACGGUGCAAAUGACCCUUCUUUACUUUCCUCAUCUGUAAAGUGGGAAUGAGUUCACCUCACAGUCUUCAGGGACUUUAGGAAAUUGGGAAUUAUGAGCACAUAGGAAACAUUUUAACAUCAGGAAAAGGGCUCUUUGUCAAUUCUUCUAAAGCAAUGUGGACAGCCUUGAAGCUGUUGCGGGCAUCUUCAAGACGCUGUCUAUUGGGACUUUUCUUUUUUUGUGUGGCUACAGAGGAAGUUUUAAAGACGAUGAAUAACAGAAAAUGAA